UGCAUGCGUACGACCUCAGAUGAGGGCACGUCUCCUUAUAAAAGCGUUACUAGAAAGACUGGUUCAGAUUGAAAGGAAGGUAGUGGCACGGAAGGACUAAUUCAUAUCAAUUUAUCUCAGUAAGUGGAACUUGGUCAGCAGAAGAUGAGGUCGUUGCAGCUAGUAAUCCUAGUGUUUAUUGGGGUAUGCCUGUCCGCGGCAGUUGAUGGCAGUGUUGAGCAGCAAUUGCGCACUGCCAGUUUAAUUCUAUCGGGUCCAAGCGGUGAAUCUAUCCGGUGUGGAGUUGAUGAUAGGGCUCAACAAUCAGGGUGUCCGGCAGCAAAUGCUCCUGGUGCAGCAGUGAGGGCCAGUAGCAUUAGCGCAGCAGCAGCGCCGCCUAGAGUCCCUAAUGCAAAUAAUCCACCGCCAGAACGUGUUACUCGUAGGACGAAAAGACAAAUUGCGCACAGCGGAACGUCAGAGUGCCAAGAAUGGUGUAAGUUCGUCAGACCAUACAAGAUUUGGGCAUACAACAGAUGGUGGAAUGUAGUACAGACGAACAACUUUGCGCAGUGGUUGAAGUUUUGCUUUUGCAGUCAAAACUCCCAGGAAUGCGUUCAUUACCCCCCGGGGCAGAAUGUGAACCCCUCUCAGUCCAGACAAGGAUUAUGUGCCAAGUGUACCACAGAGUGGGGCUGGCGUACCGUAUGGGUGUGGCACAAUUGUCAACCAUUGCGUAUCUGGUAUCAGAUUCCUGUUGGAUGCUGUUGCGGACUGGUGAAUGCUCGCUGGUGCACCAUGCCUCCUUGGAGUUUCCCUUGGAAUUUUAAAGCCCCGUGGCCAUUCAAGAAAUAAAUCAAAUACCGAACAAUCUCUAACUACAUGUAGUAGACAAUUCGAAGGAAAAAAACAAAACAGAUUUAACAGACUGAAUGCUCGGUGAAAAAACUUUCUGCUUUUUUUUCAUUUCACAUUUCAGCUAUUUGUAUCCUUACCAAAGGUGAUGCUGACUAACUUCUGUUAAUUAUGCCAAACAGUUACUGUUCAGGCCAUCAACACUUUUGCUUUUAUUUCGAAUUAGAUAAAGAACUGUGAUUUUUUUAUUUCAAUUAAACCUGGUUUGACAGCAUACAUGUACGUACACACACACACACACACGCACGCACACACACACACACACACACACACACACACAGUGUGUAAAUGUAUUAUGGCAUUUAAUAUCAAACGUCAAACUGUAUUGAAUGUCUAUAUAAUGUUAGUCUGAUUUUAUUUAUUUAUUUAUUUGUAUAUCUAUUUUGAUGAAAGAGAACCUUUUGCUCGUAUGAGUGCCAAGAGUCUUUGUACGAACCACACAAUCACAUGCUUCUUUGAAACCAAAAACGAAGAUAUAUGUAUUUGUGGUAGUUUUCGAAAUCAUACUUAAGCAUGAAAUUAACUUGUUUACCUCGUCACACUGAAGUACAUCGUGUAUAACAUCGACAUAGGCCUACAUGUAUCAUCUUCUUUUUGUCAGAGAGAUUGGUCGAUAAAAUGGUUGUGUUUUUCUUUAUCACACGUAAACAUGCGUUUCAUUGCUUGAGGCAGGUAAUGUAGGGCCCUACAAAACAAUUUUAAUGUCGCUAGGCCCUCAGUGUAUAGCGAAAAAAUUCCUUAGCUUUUAUGUUUUAAUGAUUAUGUCGUAGUCUCUAUAUAGUGAACAUUUAACGUUGAAAUGUGCGAUUCACAUUAACGUUUACCUCAAUGCUGCACUUUAAUGUGUUCUUUAAGGAUUUUGUUACUGACUUAAUAUCAAUUAUUUAAAUAAGAAUGAAGCAAUGCCACCUUUAUGCAAAAUCUCUAGGGUGGACUAGAAGACAUGUAUGGGUAGGUUGGAGAAAUAAA